GUCUGAGGCGCUCAUUCCGCGCUGGGAGUCGCCGCAGCAGCCACUAUUUCUGUGGCCGCCGCCUAGCGUCUUCGCGCUCCUCCCUUUCCUCCUCCUCUUUCUCCUCCUCCUUCGAGUCCCAGUCACGGCGACCUGCUCUGCUCACGGGCAGAAAACUAAGACUUAAUUUGCUCUUCUCUGGAGUCAUAUGUGCCUAGGUGACUCUGCAACUUGAUGGACGACGACAGCCCUUUUCAAUCAAAAAAUAACUCAAAAAUGGCAGAACUCUUUAUGGAAUGUGAAGAAGAAGAGCUGGAACCAUGGCAGAAAAAAGUAGAAGAAAUUCUGGAUGAAGAUGAUGAUGAUGAUGAGCUGAUUUUUGUUGGAGAGAUAUCAAGUUCAAAACCAGCCAUUUCAAAUAUUUUGAACAGAGGUAACCCCAGCUCAUCUUCAAAGGGAAUAAAGAAUGAGACAGUCACUCAAGGUGUUACUGAUCCAUUCAAGCCUACAAGUCAACACUAUAAAGAUCCAACAUCAAAUCCAGUGGCUGCCUUGCCUAGAUUUCAUCCUGAAUCUAAGUCUUCACAGAACUCUGUUAUUGUUCAGAACGUGUCUAAACCUGAUUUUACAAAGAAUUCAUCACAAGUUGAAUCGGAUGAUUCUUCAGAGUUACUAUUUGACUUGACCCAGGAUACGAUUCCACUGUCCCAAGAGGGAUCAACAAUUUAUAUCGAAGGUAUAGAUGAAACUCUGCCUAUAUUAAAACGUUCUUCUGCUUCUAAAGUAAACAGUGUUACUCCAAAAAAGCCAAAGACCAGUGAAAGUGUUUCUGAUAUAAGUCCUUGUGCUUCAUUGUCUCUAAGUAACUCUCCUCCAGUGACAUCUUCCCAUGUUAUGAUAUCAAAAGGUACAAAUACAUCAUCUGCUCACUAUAAAACUGGAACACCUUUUUUAAGAUCCUGUCCAAAGUGCAAUGUAAAGUUUAAUCUUCUGGAUCCUUUGAAAUAUCACAUGAAGCGUUGUUGUCCAGACAUGGUAAAUAAAUUUUUGGAAAUGAUUAAAGCAGAACUUGCUAUUACUGAAAAUAAAAAAAACGGUGCAGAGAAAGGAAAAUUGAUCAUGUUAGUUAGUGACUUUUACUAUGGAAGACAUGAAGGAGCUAUUGAUGAUGAACAGAAGACUUACACAACCUUUAAAUGCUUCAGUUGCUUGAAAGUUCUUAAAAACAAUAUUAGGUUUAUGAACCACAUGAAGCACCAUUUGGAACUUGAGAAGCAGAACAGUGAGAGCUGGGAAAACCACACUACCUGCCAGCACUGUUACCGUCAGUAUCCCACACCAUUCCAGCUGCAGUGUCACAUUGAGAGUACACACACUCCCCAUGAGUUUUCUACUAUUUGCAAAAUCUGUGAAUUAUCAUUUGAAACAGAGCAUGCUCUUUUGCAACAUAUGAAGGAUACUCAUAAACCCGGUGAAAUGCCAUAUAUUUGCCAGGUGUGCCAGUUUAGAUCAUCAACAUUUUCUGAUGUAGAAAGUCAUUUUAGAGCAUCUCAUGAAAACACUAAGAACUUGCUAUGUCCAUUUUGCCUCAAAGUUAGUAGAAUGGCAACUCCCUACAUGAAUCAUUACAUGAAGCAUCAGAAAAAAGGAGUUCAUCGUUGUACAAAAUGCAGACUACAGUUUUUGACCUGCAAAGAGAAACUGGAUCACAAGACCCAGCAUCGGACCUUUAUAAAGCCUAAAGAGCUAGAAGGAUUGCCUCCUGGUACAAAAGUUACUAUUCGAGCCUCAAUUGGACCGCUUCAUUCAAAACCAGUUACUUCAUCUCCCAGUAGUAGCGUUCCAAGCACUUCUUCUUUUCAGCUCUCACCUGCAAAGUCUAAAAGUACAACUGCUAAGAAUCCCACAAAAUCUAAUGCAAGUAAAUCUAAGGCAAGUAAGCCUCAUGCAACUAAACCUAAUGCCAGUAAGCGAGGUAGAGGCGCAUCUAAAUGCAAGACUAAAACCUCUUACAAGCAAAAGAAACAGCGCAACAGAAAGAAUAAAAUCAGCAUAGCUUUGAAGAACCUAAGGUGUCGUCGGGGAGUUCACAAGUGCAUUGAGUGUCAUUCCAAAAUAAAAGAUUUUGCAAGCCACUUUUCAAUAUAUAUCCACUGUAAUUUUUGCAAAUACAACACUAACUGUAACAAAGCCUUUAUAAAUCAUAUGGUGAGCUCUCAUAGCAACCAUCCGAGUAAACGGUUUUAUAUUUUUAAGAAGCAUUCUGGAACUCUCAGGGGCAUUACUCUAGUGUGCCUUAAAUGUGACUUCCUAACUGAUUGUUCUGCUUUAGACCGUAUGGCUAAACACUUGUGUCAACGCAAAACUCAUACUUGCCAAGUUAUAAUAGAGAAUGUUCCCGAAAGUACCUCAACUUCUGAACCCAAUUCUGAACCCAAUUCUGAACCCACUUCUGACCGCUUGUUGAAAUAGAUUCCUGCUCUAUGGAGCUCGUGCAACCUGGUGCAAGACAAGUUGGAAUUUCCUAAGUUCAAAGUUCUGAAGUGUUUUCUUACACAAAGGCAGUUUCCUAAGUUCAAACUUCUGAAGUGUUUUCUCACACGAAGGCGGUUAAACAGCCAAGUUCAUGACACUAGCUCUGAUUCAGCUCUUUUCAGCUUUCAGAUGGCACUAGAUUCUUAUUCCACCUUAUCUUUGUGUCAGGUUAACAUAUCUUAACAUAUGCUUUUUUCUCCAGUUGGCUCUCUCCAAAAAUAACUUUUGUUGCUAUGGUCUUUUUUUGCUUUGCUUAAAAUAAUUUGUGUUUUUCUCUGCUGUACUUGCCUUCAGAAUAUUGCAUUCCAAAUGACAUGGCUAUUCAUUUUCUUUGUCUGUUUUGUCUGGUUUCUUAAUUUCAUUUUUAGGUCAGAUAGCUGUCUUUUUCCUCUUUCCUUGUCUGUCAUUGUUCUAUUUUUCGUAUUUUUCAGAUGCAGAAGCAACACAGAAAUUUCAAAAAAUGUCCAGGAUACUCCUGGUCAGUGUCCCCCUUCGAUGGACACAACUGAUGCCUGUUCUCUCUUUCCAAGGAAUGUGAAUUAUUUGACUGUGAGACCUCCUUUAGAUUGUGGCCUUAAGAAAUCAGACCUUGGGGAGAGUCCCUUCCUUCAUGACUGGCCUCCCAUAAGGCUGAUGCUAAUUUGGCCAGAGAUGACCUCAAGGCCCGCCAAAUUGAGCACAACUUCCCACUGGGGGCUUUGGUUCUUGAACUUAUAUUUAUGGGUUCAUUCUAACCAAGAAAGACCCAUCAAAUCUAUGCUUCAACAUCCAAGUUGAAGUUUAAACAUUUUGGCUGCUGCCCUUUAAUAUUUGUCUAGUAUGCAUGCAGUCCAAGGAAUAUAAAAACUGGUUGUGUAGGAAACCAAGGUUACUUUGAUGUUCUUGGAAAACAAGUUUCUAAAGUUACAGUUCCAAAGUUAUAGUUAUUUGUACCGUCAUUUGAAAUUUUAUCCAGUAUUAACCGUAGGAGUUUUCAGUGAUACUAAUAUUCAGAUUUUUUAAAGUUUAAUUUUAUCUUGGUUUUAUGUUGUCCUUCACCAAAUUUAUUAAUGUGUGUUUUGUUAUGUCCACUUUUAUCUCUCCUCUUUAAAACUUUUGUUUUGUGUUUGUUUUGUUUUGUUUUUAAGAACCUCAAGAAAUUCUUUAGAAUUCUCUACAAAUUUCAUGUAGCUACUUAUUGAUGGCUUCUAGAUUUGGGUAAUUAUUCAGACCAUUAGACAUUACUACAUCCUCUGUCUUGGGACUAUCAUUAUCGUAGUGAUUAUGAGUUUAAAGACAUAAAAAAUUGGCAAAAAACACUUCCUACAGACCUUAAAAUAAAUUUUAAAGUUAUGUUUCUGUACAUCUAAUACAUAUCUUCUUAGCCAUUAAUGUAAUUCCUUUGGAUAAAGAUAAUAUAUUCAGAAAAUAUUGGGACCAAAAAAUGCACUUGUUUCUUGCCCAUAUAUAUAUAGAUGUAUAUUUUUUUUAUUUUGGUGUUUGUUUAUUUUGGUUACAUUGAAUAUAGAUUUGCUGAACAGUUUGAUGUUAUUACUUAUUUUUUUAAUAAAAUUUGUAUUGGUAAAGUGCCUCAGGAGUUAUUCAUGUAAAAGCUGUAGAUUUUAUCAUGUUAGUAGGAGCAUUGCUUUGCUUCUUACAUGGAAGCCUGAUUACUUGGCCUACAGACUGAGAGCUUUACCAAGUGCAUCUUGCAGUCUUUCCUCCAGCACAGUUAUAAGCUCACUAUGUAUAUUUUACUAAUUUCUUGAACUUCAGAGACUGGCAAAGUACCUUUGUGAUCUUUAAUAACCAUUAAGGUGGUCAGGCUCUGAAGUUGUUUGACCCAGUCAUGAGUUGUUUUUUCAUCUUAACAUCAGAACUUCUUGUGCUUUGUACUUACAGUUGUACUUUGAAACUGUCUUAGUCCCUUUGGGCUGCUAUAGUAGAGUAUCACAGACUAGGUAUCUUAUGAACAAUACAAAUUUAUUUCUCACAGUUUUGGAUACUGGAAAGUCCAUGAUCAAGGCACUGGCAGAUUCAGUGUCUGAUGAGGACCCACUUCCUGGUUCAUAGAAGGAUAUUGCUGUAUCCUCCUGGCAGAAGGGGUGAGAGAGUUCUCUGGGGUCUAAUUUAGGAGGAUACUAAUCCCACACAUGAGGGUUCCACCCUCUUGAUGCAGUCAUCUCCCAAAGGCCACACCUCCUAAUACCAUCACAAUGGGGAUUAGGUUUCAACAUAUGAAUUUAGACAUUCAGCCUAUAGCAGAAACAUAUUGAAAACCAGUUUCAGUGACCAGCUCUUACAUAGUCUACUUCUUGUAAUACAUAGUCAAAAAAGUUGAAUCCAUUAGUUUUCAUUUUCCAGACUGAUUUCUGCUGUAAAUGAUUUUCCAAAAUCUCCAAAAGUGUCGUUUCUUAGUAGUGUUUCUACUACUACUUGUUUCUUAGUAGUAGACUUGGCAAUGUUCCAAUCUUUAUUUCUGUGUCAGUCCCCAGAAUGUUUCUUCAUCUACCAUCUAUCUAUCCAUUUUUUUUACUUUUCAAAAAUUGUAAUGAAAAUAUAUAACAUGACUUUUGCCUUCUUAAUCAUUCUCAAGUGAAAAAUUCAGUACUAAUUACACCAAGUUUGGUCCAGAUAUAAAUUCUUUGUGGUUUCAAUAUAGAUUCUCUUUUUAUAUACAGAUAUUUCCUCUGGCUCUGUUAUAUUUUGAGAAUAUGAUAAACCACAUUGUUGCUGUAGCAGUAUUUUAGGGGGGGGUACAUCUUUUUGUUCUUCCAUAGAAUUCUAUUUCUGACAGUAUGUAUUAGGUUUGUUUUCUUGAAGUAUAAUACUCUUAAAGUUCUGUGUCCUGUAGCACCAUUUUUUUUACUUUCUUUAAAUAAAACAUUUCAAACAGUAAAUAUUAAGCUUGCUUAUUAUAGCUAGUUAGUUGACUUUUGCUUAUUAUAGGCAGUUAGUUGACUCAUUUGGUGCAAAUGAGUUUUAGUUUGACAUUUUGAUCCCAUUAUCCCCAGGCUUUUCUAACUAGUUCUUUCACUUGAUUCAGAAAUAGCCCUCUCUUGUGUUUGUGCUUUUUAAAAGGUUACAGCUGAAUAAAAUGUGUGAUAUGCUCAGUUUCAAUCCGUCCCCAUUCUUAGAAAACCUACUUCUGAACAACAGAGACAGUUUCUUGCUCCUUUUUGCCUCACUUUGCCAAAACAUCUCUUUGGGCCUCACUUACUUGUUCAGCAAAUACUUAUUAAGCACU